AUGUCACAAUAUAAAGACGAUCCUCCAAUCAUCAAGAAGAAAACUACUUCUAUUAAAACUCCCUCAUAUUCGGACAAGAACAAAUCUAGGUUCAAGAAUAAAGUCCAUUUGGAAAAGAAGCUAAGUGAGUCUAAGUCCAAGAAUCGAGAUAAAAACCGGAGGAGUUGGAUCGAUCGAGAUGAAGUUGAUGAUUUGGUUGAGGAGAUCAAAGACCUGCCCACUAAGUUUCAACGAACCCUAGUGCCAGAUUUGGAGAAAAUUUCCAAAACUUCAAAAGUUUACCUCAACAAGUAUAAUAUAGCAUUCACCAAAGGAUUCAAACCUUAUGUAGGCAACAAAUAUGCACCCACAAUUGCCUCUACAGUCUCUUUUGGCUUUAUUUUGAUUAUACUUAUUCUUGUUUUACUUAUUUUCAAUCAUAUCAGAGCCUACUUUCCACUCCAAAUGCUCUUAAUUUUCAUCCAAAUUUAUCUUUCUAUAUAUUUCUACACAUUAUGUUUAUCCUCAUUAUUCACUGGACUUGAGCCACUGAGGGUUUUCUAUACUACGUCACAGUCCACCUUUGUGUGUGUACAAGUUCUGCAAACUCUUGCUUAUGUUUUGUAUCUCGUGCUGCUCUUGAUGUACUUGAUUCUGGUGUUCUCCACUGUAACUGGGCUGGUCACCAAGUUACUGGGCCUGGCCCAGACCUUUUUGGGUUUUGGUGUUGGGCUGCAUUACUACAUGACAGUGUUUCAUAGGGCUGUGCUACACCAACCGCCCAAAACCAGUUGGAUGGCCUUUGGCCUUUACGCCACGUGCUUCCUUUUGAUUUGUCUAUUUGGUAGGACUGAUGGGAGGAAGAAGAUUUACUUAGAAGAGGGUGGUGAGGAAGGUAAACGGAGCUAG